GCAGUCCCAGCAUGCCUAGCUGCUGCUUCUAUUAUACACCUGUGCUCAUGGAAGUGAUUGGAACCUGAAUUCAAUUAUUUGGAUGGGUGAAAGAAUACUUUUGGCAAUAAAGUGCUGAUGGAGGUUCUGCUGUAGUAUUUUGGAGAAUGUUCUUGACAUCAAUCAUUUGUCAAGUUGUCAGGUCUUGUGUGAGUUUGCGUUUAUGUGCCUCUUGCUCUGUAAAGCUAAGUAUGGUUGAUGAUGACUCAUAGGUUAAGACAAUGAAACUUGACACACCUGUUUUCCCUUACAUCAUUAGAAUGAGGAAACUGUUCUGUUUUUAUUCUUCAGUUCAGGGAAACAGAGACUUCAUUCCAUUCCAUCUGUUGCUGGCACUGCUGCUGUGUGAUUGUUUGUCUUCUACCAGUGAGUAUUCCUGUAGGAACAUGGCCAGUUUUAGGUCGAUGGAUCAGGAUCACUUCAGCUGUCCAAUCUGUCUGGAUGUGCUGAAUAACCCGGUGACCACCGCCUGUGGACACAGCUUCUGCCAGGCCUGCAUUGCCAGCUGCUGGGAUGAGGAGGACCAUAAGGGUAUCUACAGCUGCCCUCAGUGCAGACACACCUUCACCCCAAGACCUGUCCUACACAAGAACGUGAUGAUCGCUGAAAUGAUGGAGAAGCUGAAGGUAUCCAUUCCUGCCAAAUCUGCCAAACCUGUGAUUGCCCCUCCUGUUCCUUCUCUAGCUGGACCUGAAGAUGUGGAGUGUGAUUUCUGUACUGGGAGAAAACACAAAGCCGUCCAGUCCUGCCUGGUGUGUCUGGCCUCUUACUGUGAAGCUCACCUCCAGCCUCACUACCAAUCUCCAGCCUUUAAGAAGCACAAGCUGGUCAAAGCCUCCAGACGACUCCAGGAGCAGAUCUGCUCUCAGCACGAUAAACUGCUGGAGGUUUACUGUCGCACCGACCAGCAGUGUAUCUGCAUGCUGUGCACCACGGAUGAGCAUAAAGGUCAUGAUAUACUUUCAGCUUCAGUGGAAAGAGCUGAGAAACAGAAGAAGUUGGAGUGGACCAGAAGGGAGUCCCAGAAGAAAAUUCAGGAGAGGCAGGUGGAGCUUCAGGAGCUGAGAGGGUCUCUUGAGUCUUACAAGCGCUCGGCUCAGGAAGCAGUGAAAGAUAGCGACGAGAUCUUUACUAAGCUGAUCGUCUCCAUUGAGAGAAGACGCUCUGAGGUGAGGCAGAUGAUCAGAGAUCAGGAGAAAGCUGCAGUGAGUCGAGCUGAAGAACAUCUGAAGAAACUGGAGCAGGAGAUCAUGGAGCUAAAGAAACGAAGUGCUGAUUUAGAGCAGCUUUCUUUCACAGAAGAUCACAUCCAUUUCCUCCAGAAUCUGCAGUCCCUCUCAACCACGUCUGGAUCUACAGGAUUGAACACCAUCAGCUUCAGUCUGUUCCAGUCUUUUGAGGGUGUGGUGGUGUCGGUUUCUCAGUUGGCAGAGACAGUGGAGGAGCACUGUGAGGAGGAACUGAAGAAGAUAGCUGAUGAAGUAAACAAAAUCAAGAUCAUCCUUCCUUCUGAUCCUACUAGAAGAAACGACUUCCUGGAAUACUCCUGUGAGCUCACACUGGAUCCUAACACAGUUAAUACAGUCCUCUGCCUGUCUGAGGGAAACACAGUGGUGACCAACACGAACACAGUCCAGCCGUAUCCUGACCAUCCACUCAGAUUUGGCUACUGGCCUCAGAUGCUGUGUAAAGAAGGGUUCUGCGGACGCUGCUACUGGGAGGUUGAAUGGGAGGGAUCAGACGGGGUCUUCAUGGCGGUGUCGUAUGAGAGCAUCAGUCGUGAAGGCAGAGCUGCUGAGGCUGUGUUUGGUUGUAAUAAUCAGUCGUGGAGACUGUCCUGCUCUCCCGCCAGAUACUCUUUCUGGCACAACAACAAGGAGACCAGAAUCCGCAGACAACCCAACUCCUUCAGAAUCGGAGUGUACCUGGAUCACGCAGCUGGAAGUCUGGCCUUCUACAGCAUCUCUGAUAUCAUGACCCUCCUCCACAGAGUCCAGACCACCUUCACUCGGCCGCUCUACGCUGGAUUUCUGGUUCAUCCCGGAUCUAAAAUAACUCUAACCUGUUUGAGAACAUGAAGAGAAUCAGACCCUCUAGGACAGGGGUGUCCAAACUACGGCCGCGAGGUAUUCUAGAAAUAGAAUGAAAGUUGGCCCGCUGUUAAGCAGGUUUUUUAUAAAGUGAGAUUCAAAGUUUGAACGCUAGGUGUCAGAAACGGGCCAAAGAAAAAAGUCUAAAAGCGGAGAGGGUGCACAGUUGUAGCUCAUAAAAACUGGCCAAAGAGUCUAAAAGCAGAGAGGGUGCGCAGUUGUAGCGCAUAAAAACUGGCCAAAGAGUCUAAAAGCGGAGAGGGUGCGCAGUUGUUGCGCAGAAAAAUGGGCCAAGGAGUCUAAAAGCGGCGAGAGUGAAGUUGUAGCGCAGAAGAACGGGCCAAAGAGUCUAAAAGCGGAGAGGGUGCGCAGUUGUAGCACAUAGAAACGGGCCAAAGAGUCUAAAAGCAAGUGGGUGCACAGUUGUAGCGCAUAAAAACUGGCCAAAGAGUCUAAAAGCGGAGACGGUGCGCAGUUGGUGCGCAGAAAAACUGCCCAAAGAGUCUAAAAGCAGAGAGAGUGCACACUUGUUGCGCAGGAAAACUGGCCAAAGAGUGUAAAAGCGGAGAGAGUGUGCAGUUGUUGCGCAGAAAAACGGGCCAAAGAGUCUAAAACCGGAGAGA